AUGCAGUUAAUUGAAAAACGCAAAUUAAUUUUCCGUGUUCUAGUUGUGACAAAGUGCCGUUCGAGGAUGUUGUCCAAGUUGAAUAUUACGCGUUUUUACCAAUUUUUGGGCUUACUUGUGGUUGCCGAGGCGGAAACUGAGGAAAGUCGACGUUGGGAAAGGUGCUUGAAGCUCUGGUCAUGUGUAAUUUUCGCCUUGAAUUUGUGUGUGACGGUAAUUUCGUUCUACUAUGCCGACGAAAUUUUCUACUCGAAUGACGUCGUUGGGAAAUUUAAUGAUUUUUUGAAGUACUUGAUGGUCUCCGGUACAUUUUAUGUGACGAUAAUUGAAUCAUUCGGCAAAGCGGGAAAUUUAAAGAAAUUUUAUCGUCGCUUUUUGCAUGUCCGCGACAAAUGCAGGGCAAUUAAUGUGGAUGUCGUGCCAGUUUUGGACGAUUUUAAGUACAAAUUAAAUCGAAAAGUGGUUCCGGUGGUAAUUCUUUGCCUGUGUUACGUCAUUUACGAGUGCGGGAUCUUCAAGAGCACGAAAAAGAUGCAAUUUUACGCUUAUAUUUCGACGUUUCCAGCGUUCGUUUGUCGUUGUAGGCAUUUGCAGUUCGCUUAUUAUGUGGUGCAUGUCAAUGCGGUGAUCGAAGCGCUCAAUGAAAAGUUACGGAGCAUCAUGCGACAGUCGAAGGACACGAAAAAUUUGGAUGGAACAGUGACGAAAAGUGACAUGAAAGACGAGAAGAUGCUGUGUGAACAGCUAGAACGCGUGAAAAUUGUCUACGGGGAGGUUUGGAUGUUGACACAUGACGUCAACGAGUUCUUUGGAUGGUCAACGUGCUUUAAUUUUGCGCAAAAUUUCGUUGAAAUCACGUGUGACCUUUAUUGGAUUUACAUGACGAUGACUUUGACACGAGUAACGGGGUAUAAUCGGAUCAAUUUUAUUCUUCUCAUAAUUUUCCCCAUUCUCACGAUGAUGUCAAUCUGCUGUCUCAUCAACGCCACGAGCAAAUGCUACUUCGAGGCAUCCAAAUCUCCGCAAAUCUUGCACCAAAUCUGUCGGAAACCCAAAAACGUUGAUUUGAACAAUCUCGUGCGUCAUUUUUCGCUGCAACUGAAACACGAAGAAAUCAAAUUCACCGCUCACAAUUUUUUCACUGUCUCACGAUCGUUGCUGGGUGACAUUGCCGGUGGAGUCGUCGCGUACUUGGUCAUUUUUGUUCAAUUCGCCCCACAAAAAUUUGAUGUUUGA